AUGGCUGGUGACGAGCCCGGACCAAAGCCCUCGCCCAAAGACGCGUCGACGUCAUCCGAAACCGCCAAAGACCGACUCGCGCAGGUCAGCUCCCACAUCGCGCCCAACACACCAAAGCGACGACGACGGAAAGUAGCAGACUUAGAUCUGCCUGCUGAUUACUCAGACAUCCUUGGGCAGAUCGCGACUCUGCGCAAAAGUGCCGCGACGCCCGACAAGAACAAUAGGGGCUACGUGAGGCAGAAGCAGGCAGGAAAGCUAUGGGUGCGCGAAAGGGUCGAGCAGCUGCUUGAUCCGGGGAGCUUCCAGGAGGUGGGCAGCGUGAGUGGGACAGUGAAGUGGAAGCAAUUGGGGCCGGUGAAAGAAGAGCCCGGAGACUACGUGCCUUCGAACAACGUGCAGGGCUUCGGACGACUACGAGGUCGAAAGAUUGUCUUCACGGCCGAUGACUUCUCCAUACGCGCUGGACACGCUGAUGGCGCGCUUAUGGAGAAGACCAUAUAUAUGGAGAAGCUCGCAAUCGCGUUGAAGCUUCCCAUCGUCAAACUCGUCGAUGGCUCAUCCGGCGGCGGCUCCGUCACGACCAUUCGCUCCACAGGCUUCUCCUACGUCCCUCCGCUACCCUCCUUCGCACAAGUCGUACAACAGCUCAACAUGGGAAUACCGAAUCUGGGCACGGUUUGUGGACCGGCGAUUGGUCUAGGAGCAGCUCGUGUGGUGGCCUGCCACUUCUCGGUCAUGGCUGCAGAUAUCGGAUCUUUGUUCAACGCCGGUCCCAGUGUUGUGAAGAGCGCGACAUUCGAGGAGGGUCUUUCCUUUACAGAUCUUGGUGGGCCCGCAAUGCAUUGCACCAAUGGCACAAUCGAUAACCUCGCACCGGACGAGGCAGGCUGCUUUGAACAGAUACGCAUGGUUUUGAGCUACCUGCCCGACUGCGGUACGAAGCUGCCUCCAGCAAUCGACUGCUCUGAUCCAAUCGACCGAAUGUCAGAAAACCUCCGAUCAAUCAUACCGCGUUCCAAGAACCGCAUGUACAACCCGCGGGCCAUCAUCACCGAAGUUGUCGACCAAGGCUCGUUCUUCGAGAUUGGAGCCCUUUGGGGUACUACGGCCAUAGUAGGCCUUGCGCGUUUCGCAGGCAAACCGGUCGGCAUAGUCUCUCUCAACUGCGAGCAGAAUGCUGGCGCACUUGAUGCAUUGGGUUCGCAGAAGAUUACACGCAUGCUAAAGUUCCUUGACGUAUUCAACCUCCCGCUCGUCCAAUUCGUCGACGUCCCAGGCUACGCGAUAGGAACCGUUGCAGAGCGCACUGCAACGAUGCGGCACGGUGUCACUCUCGCUACGACCUAUUACAGCACAACCAUGCCCAUCUUCAACGUCAUCGUGCGACGCGUCUACGGCGUAGCAGGAGGCAUCAUGCUGGACUGCCGUGACCCACGCAUGCGCGUCGCUUGGCCGUCCGGCGUGUGGGGCUCCUUACCACUCGAGGGUGGCAUUGAAGUUGGACAUUCGUUUGAACUCAAGGAGAUUGAGAGGAAAGAAGGAAGAGAAGCGCGAGACAGGCGUUAUACAGAGUUGGAGAACGAGUACAAACGACUGAUGAACCCAGUUCGGACUGCUAAUGCGUUCGGCAUCGAGGAGAUUAUCGAUCCGGCAUAUACACGGCGAGUCUGUUGUGAGUGGACAGAUCACAUGUAUGAAAGCUUACUGCCAGAGCGCAUUUUGGAGAGGAUCGCGGGAAAGUUGCAGCCUUCCUUCGCUUAG